AAUAAUAUCUGAACUUUUCUUUACUUAAGCCUUAGGGUAUUCUGCUUAUUAGUACCCAAGAAAUAUCAUAAAGAGUAUAAAUUGUCGAUCAUCAUAUCAGAAUAAUCUCCUCUCUCUCUAACAAACUCGCAAACUCACAUUUGUGGUACUCUCAGUGUUAGACAAGUCCGAUCAAGUUUAAGCAGUCAUGGCGGUUUUGCUUCCUCUGUUUCUUCUCUCUUUCAUGUUUACCUAUUCAAACGCGGCGGUUUGUGUGUGCAAGGACGCUAACGAGCUGGAUCUUCAGAAGGUGAUAGACUUCGCAUGUGGAGGAGGUGCUGACUGUGCACAGAUUCAGACGACCGGAGCUUGUUAUCAACCAAACACCCUCAAGAACCACUGUGACGUUGCCGUUAACAGCUACUAUCAAAAGAAAGCUUCCACCGGUGCCACAUGUGACUUCAACGGCGCCGCCGUCAUCUCCACUUCCCCUCCUUCGACUACGUCAAGCUGUUUAUCUAGUUCUAGUUCCAACGGAACCCCCACUGCCGGAUAUCCAUCCACCGGAAAUUCAACCACAGCAAGUCCAGGCACCACAAAUCCAUCCACAGGCAAUUCAACAAACAGCACACUACCCACUAAUGAUAAGCCGACUUCAUCUACGAUAACGUUUCCUGACAGUACUACUAUGGGACCAUCUAGCAGCACGAGUGGUGAUCCCAACGGUGGAGAAGAGCUAUCCGUCAGAACCACGACGAUCAUCUUACUGACUACCAUCGCUGCCGUGGCAUUGAGGGUUUAGGUAAGAUCAUCUCAAGAUGAUGACGAGGACGCUUAUUUGUUGUGGACGGCUGAGAUAAUGCCAAGUUAAUUAGAGCCUAUCUUUCUUCCCACCGAAUUUUAAUCUUUAAUUUCCAAUUAGGAUUGUGACUCUCGCUCGUCUUCUUAAGUAUUUUGGUUUAUAGAAAAUCUUAAUCAAGAGCUUUUUUCUUGCUUUCUUUUGUAAAUCCAGAAAAAAUGAGAUGCUCUUUGGGUUGUAUUAUUUUUACUUAUAAUUAUGCCUUCGCCAAUAAAGAUAACAUGUUUCUCUUUGAUAGUUUCUUGGUUGUUUGCUAAGAAGAAAAUGUUGCUACAAGGAUUUCAGGUUUUUUUUUUAUUUUAUAUUUAAU